CUGGCGGGAGGCGCAGGCCGGUGGCCGAGGCGACGACGCGGGCGGCAACAGGAUGGUGAAACUAACGGCGGAGCUGAUCGAGCAGGCGGCGCAGUACACCAAUGCUGUGCGGGACCGAGAGCUGGACCUCCGGGGAUAUAAAAUUCCAGUCAUUGAAAAUCUAGGUGCUACCUUAGACCAGUUUGAUGCUAUUGAUUUUUCUGACAAUGAGAUCAGGAAACUGGAUGGUUUUCCUUUGUUGAGAAGACUGAAAACGUUAUUAGUGAACAACAACAGAAUUUGCCGUAUAGGUGAGGGACUUGAUCAGGCUCUUCCCUGUCUCACAGAACUCAUUCUCACCAACAACAGUCUAGUGGAACUGGGUGAUCUGGACCCAUUGGCAUCUCUCAAAUCACUGACAUAUCUAAGCAUCCUAAGAAAUCCUGUAACGAAUAAGAAGCAUUACCGACUUUAUGUGAUUUACAAAGUGCCACAAGUCAGAGUGCUGGACUUUCAGAAGGUGAAACUAAAAGAGCGACAGGAAGCAGAGAAAAUGUUCAAGGGCAAACGGGGUGCACAGCUUGCAAAGGAUAUUGCCAGGAGAAGCAAAACUUUUAAUCCAGGUGCUGGUUUGCCAACUGACAAAAAGAAAGGUGGGCCAUCUGCAGGAGAUGUGGAAGCGAUCAAGAACGCCAUAGCGAAUGCGUCGACCCUGGCUGAAGUUGAGAGGCUGAAGGGCUUGCUACAGUCUGGCCAGAUACCAGGCAGAGAGCGCAGAACAGGGCCGAGUGAUGAUGGUGAAGAAGAGCUAGAAGAAGACACUGUGACAAAUGGGUCCUGAGCUCUGUGGCAGAUGAUCUGAUGAGCUCUCUCGGGACAAGUCUUUUUUUUUUUUUUUUUUUUGAGCAUGGAUUAACAGCCUUGCUUGUAUGAGCAACAAGGAAUCUGUCAGCAUUGCUGAAUGCUCAAAACUACUGCUGAUAAUUUUUUAAUAUGAACCUUGAAAUAAAAAUACCAGUUUUCUACAAAUGGUAAAAUAAAAGCCACUUACUGUGCUGCCAAA